CCGACGCCCAUAGAUAACACCUCUCGAAGAGAAGAGAGACAACAAUAUCAUAAAACAACAUCACAAAGCGAUUCAAAACAAACGAAGAAUCAAGAAUACGCGAGAAGAUAAUCUAAAUGACUCGUUUGGACAGAACCCAACCCGGCUCGCCCCUCUGUGGGGUGUAGGAUGGGAACAAGCCUUUACCCAGCCGAGGACAUCCGAGGAAUAUCGCGCAUCAUGAUGAAGAAAGACAUGAGUUUGAACCUAAACGACCAGAACAGCUCCAGCCUGAAGCCAGAUUUGAGGGAUGCCGAGGGGAUCCUCAGCUCACCCGACCUGGGGCUCCUCAAGCUGGCUUCCCCGGAGCUGGAGAGACUCAUCAUCCAGUCCAACGGGAUGGUGACCACCACGCCGACCUCCCAGUUCGUUUACCCGAAGUCGGUGAGCGACGAGCAGGAGUUCGCGGAGGGCUUCGUCAAAGCCCUGGAGGACCUUCACAAGCAGAACCAGUUGAGCGGCGGAGCGUGCGUCCCUCCGACGCUCAACAGACUCGCCAGCAGCACCGCGCUCGCCUUGCCCACGGAUCUGCCCGUGUAUACGAACUUGAGCACGUACGGGAGUACCACGGUGAACUAUUCCACGGACACCAUCCCGUUCCCUCCUCCGCCGCCGCCCGCGCACCCGCUGGCCGCGCAACAAGCGCAGCCGUCCCCGAAGGACGAGCCGCAGACCGUGCCGGACAUGCAGAGCUUCGGCGACAGUCCUCCGCUCUCCCCCAUCAACAUGGACACGCAGGAGCGCAUCAAGGCCGAGAGGAAGAAGCUGCGCAACCGCAUCGCCGCCUCCAAAUGCCGCAAGCGGAAACUGGAGCGGAUAUCCCGGCUGGAAGACAAAGUGAAAAACCUGAAGAGCCAGAACACGGAGCUCGCGUCCACCGCGAGCGUGCUGAGAGAGCAAGUGGCGCAGUUAAAACAGAGAGUGAUGAAUCACGUCAACAACGGGUGCCAGCUGCUGCCUAAUCAAGUGCAAGCUUAUUAGAGGACACUCUGUCGGUCUUUAACUAUCAGUGUUUGGGUGGUUGACAAACAACAUGCUCUGGCUACGUCACAUUUCCACAGCAGUGCACGAGAGGUUGUGCAAUUGUCGAGAUGUUGUGUAGGCUAUAGCACAGCCUAAAAUAUUAAGGAAGCACAGUAUUUAUUAAGCUAAUCUACUUCCGCGAGAAAAUAUAGUCCCUGACAUGACUGAACGAGACUGGCGAUUGCGCGCAGUGAUACGGCGAACGCUGUUUCGCAUAAUAGCGAAAGAAUGGAACUAUAUUUCUUAUUUAUGGUUAAAUAUUAUAUGUUUGAUUGGAUAAGCAGCGUUCCUGACAUUUUCCCAAAACGUCCUAGUAUUAGUCCGUCAGUACGUGUGACAGCUGUCAGUCUGUGCGUAGGACUCUGUUUUGGUUUCAUUUAGAACUAUUUUCGUUACUUUUAUUAUAAUAAUGGACUUUUUUAAUUAAAUAAUCAUAUUAAGUACCAUCAACAUUGCUAUGCAGCACAACUAGAAAUCGGUGAUGAAGGUGAAAGCUUUAUAUAUUAUUAUUUUUUUUAAUGUAACAAAAAGCGUUCCUAAAGUUUCCUAAAACAUCACUGGAAAGCUCUCUCUUUGUAUCAGUCCGCUGUGUGUUGCGUGUUUUGGUUUCUUUAGGAACAAUUUUCGUUGGCAGUGCUUUUAUUUUAAUAUUUUCAUUAAAUGCAACAAAACUAAAGUUUUUGUUAUGCUAAAAGGUGUUUUGCGUUAUAGCUGUUUCUUGUAUUUUAGCUGCAUUGACCAAUCAUCAUGCAUUAUGUAAAUUAGGCCUAUACAACAGUUUGUUCUGGACUGGUAAACUAAUUUGAUUGUGCAAGCAGUAUUUCAGAACCACUGAAUUCACUGUAUCACUAACUUGUUGACAGCUUCCUCUGGAACUAUUUUCUUUGGCAGAGCAACAGGAAAAUGAUUGACUAUAUAAUAUCAGUUACUCGAUAUGAAUGGCUGUAUAAAAGCAAUAUCACAUUGCAUAUCAUAAUGCUUAAAUUCACAUACGAGUGCAUCAAAACCCCCAGUGUUAGUUAUGAAGUGUAUUAAAACUGAAAUGAAUUGAUAUCCAUGAUGCCAGUCAGCUGUCUGUGUGCUGAAACAUUAUUCUGAGCUGGACAUGUCCAGUCAACGACCCAUUCACUGAUGCAGAAAGGUCACAGACUGAACUGAUCUCACCCUUCCAGUGGCCGUUCGUUCCGGUUGGACUGGUUGAAAUGGACGCUACAGGUGCUGGUGUAUUAUAUGUUUACAAUAUUUUGUAGCAAAUGGACUGUGUGCUACAUGGUUUGAUCUCAUGAGAGAAGCAGCUGUAUUUCUGCAUGCUCCGGACAAGCUCAAAAUGAGUGCAACCAAACACAACAAAGAUGUCAUGCAUGUGUGCUUCAUGCCUAAGGCCUUAUUAAUCACAGACUUUAUCGAUUUUAUAUUCAACUACUCACACAAUGUCUUAUUUUAUGCUCUUUUGGAUUUACGUGUGUCAUGAUGUAAAUGUAAACAUUUCACCUGUCACGGACUGUACUGCCUUGUGUGUACAUUAAUGUCAUUAAACCUGUUCAAUUCACUUGUUAAAUUA